AUGAAGGACUGUUCUCAAGUGUUCUCAUAUUUAGAGAAAGAGCAACAAGAGGACCUUCUAAGACUGCAUAAGAACCUCACCUCUUUGUUUUACGGUGAACAGACUGAAAAGGAGAAAUCUCCUUCUGAAACCAGCCCAACUGAGCUAGAGAGUAAAGAUGUGGGCUUCUGUUCCUGGUUGACCACACUCUAUCACAUGAGGGACGAUGAGAUUCAGUACAAGUGUGGACUCGACGCCAUUAUCUACCUCUCAUUUCAGCGACACAUCCUGGUCCUCCUCACUGUGGUCUGUGUCCUGUCGAUCGCCAUUGUCCUUCCUGUCAACUUCUCUGGGGACCUGCUGGGUAACAGCCCGCAACAUUUUGGCCGCACCACCAUUGCAAAUGUCCCUGCAGAUGAUCGACUGCUGUGGUUACACAGUAUCUUUGCACUUCUUUACUUCAUAGUAACUGUGAUCUGCAUGGGUCAUCAUUCUCUGCAGCUGGAUUACAAAGACAACGAAAAGGUGGCAAGAACGCUGAUGAUUUCACAAAUCCCAAAGGAAAUCACAGACACAAAUCUCAUUAUUAAACAUUUCCAUGAAGCCUACCCCAGUUGUACAGUGACAGACGUGCAGUUCUGCUUCGAUGUCCGGGCACUGAUGAAACUGGACUCUGAGAGACGAAAGGCAAUGAAAGGCAGGCUAUACUUCACAGCCAAGGCUCAAAAGGAAGGAAAGAUAAUGAUUAAGACCCAUCCAUUGGCCAGGAUCUGUUGCUGCGAUUUCUGUGGGUUUGAACAGGUGGAUGCAGAGCAAUACUACAGUGAAUUGGAGGAGAAGCUAACAGAUGAGUUUAAUGCUGAGCGGAAUCGGAUUACCUUGAAAAGGCUGGGGAUGGGUUUUGUAACCUUCCAGGAUGAGCGGAUGACAGCUGUCAUUGUGAAGCAUUACCAGCACAGCCGAUGCCGAUAUCAGCCACAGCAGUCCAGUGUCACCACAGUCGUCAAGUCUUAUAGAUGGGAUGUGAGAUAUGCCCCAGCACUGAGCGACAUUAUCUGGAGACCAAAAAUAUGCACAGUAUUUAGCGUGACUUCACCAAUGUCCUGCAUAAUUACAAAUCCGAUUGUAACACAGUUUUUCCCGACCCUGCUCCUGUGGACAUUCUCUGUGCUUCUUCCAUUCAUUGUGUACUACUCUGCUAUCUUUGAAUCCCACUGGACUAGGUCAACUGAGAACCAAGUGACAAUGCACAAGUGUUAUUUCUUCCUGGUCUUUAUGGUGAUCAUUCUGCCAUCGUUGGGCCUGACCAGUCUCGAUGUCUUUUUUCGAUGGCUUUUCGACAUACACUUUCUAGAUGAAGCAGAUAUUAAAUUCCAGUGAGUAUUUAUGGCAGAGCAGGAAUCUGAUGGCGUGUUCACAGAUGGAGAAAGGAGCAGUGUGUCAUCAACACCAAACUCCAAUGUGUUUGUUGCAGCUGUUCUCCAGGAUCCUGAACUGGGACUAAUGCCUGCAGCAUCCCCUGCACAUCAGACCUAUGGCACCAUGGAAAAUCGUGCUGAUGAGACCAAAUCUGAAGACUCUGGCCAAAUACAAAGCUCUGAAGCAGGUUUAGAGAGACAGCAACGUGAGCUGACUGCUGGAUCAUUGAUGGACAGUGAGAUCCAUUAUCACUAAGGGAUGCUGGGAUAGCCAUACAAUUUCAGACUAUAACUGAGCAAUGUUUCUCUCUCUGGAGGCUCUCAAUUUUAACGCCACAGAUACCUGCUG